CAAAAUGGAGAGAAAAAUAAAUUUAAAAAAUAAAAUAGCUAAAUAAAAAAUAAAAAAAUAAAAAUAAAGAAAACUUAAAAAAAAAAAAGCCAACAUAACUAGGCAAGAUCAAUAUCACGUGACUGUGUACAGUGUGUGCGCUUGAGAGGGGUGGUGGUGUCUAGCUGUCUGUCAGGGUGCAAAAUCAAAUUAAGGCAAGAUUAAAAUGAAUAAGAUAAAAUAAAGUAAUAUAUAUUUGGGUCUUUUGUAGCACCCAGAACAAACUGUGCGUGGGCUCACAGUUUGUUCAGAGAGAGAGCGGGUAGAGACGGUGCAGCCGCUGAGCUGUUGUCAGCAUCAGCAUCAGCAUCAGCAUCAGCAUCUCAGAUAACCGGAAGGAUGCUCUGGCAGAGAGGAAGCGUGGGGAUUUUAUUGUGUUGACGCUGUAUCCGAUUAUAAACAGCUCCGCGUCCUCAAACCGGAUCCAUUUUUUAUUAUUAUUUUAUUUUGUUCCCCGUUGUACAUCAGUAUACCUGCCAUGUUCCCAUCGUGUCAGUCCAAGCCUGCGGACAGCAGCAGUGGUAAUGGUAGCAGUAACCGGAGCUCCAUCGCUAAGCUGCUGCUCGGGGUCUUUGUGGUGUACAUGCUCCACACCGCCUGGCUGCUGUACGGCUUCCUCAACACCAAACCCUGCGAUGGAAGCACCGGAGAGCACUGCAUCACCUCCUACCUGACAGCAAGACCCAGGCUACAGCUGAGUGUCUUCACCUGCCUCCUGCCAGACAACAGCCAACUCAACCUUGCUGUGAAAAUAGACCCGUUUGACCCCCACUCUACGUUUGAGAGGCAGGUGAAUGUCUCUCUGCCAGAGCAGACUCGGGCUAAUGGCACUCUGUAUGCAGUCGUGUACGUUCACAAAGCCGGUGUUUCACCUCUGGAGGACGGCAGAGAAGUCCACUACGCAGCUCAGCUCACCACCUACAUCACUCCCACACACACAGAGGGGCAGAGAGACAUGCAGAAGAGGCCGAGUCCCAGAGCAGAGAAUCCUGUAUCCCACUGGAGACCUCAUCUGUCAAUCACGAUGAUGUCCGAGGACUUCAUCUUCAACAAGGCGGGGCUUCCUAGUGACGUGCGGCGCUACAUGAGAGUCUCUCAGGACGGCCGACAGAUGAUCUACCUCCCUCUGCUGCUGGUCAAUGAGCUCAACUUCAGAGUCAGAGACCUCCUGGAGAUCAGCAGCAGCACGGUUCAGCUCCCUCUGACUGUGUUCUACGAGGGAAUCUCUUUAAGGGGGUUCAGGUUCUGGGUGCAUCUACAAGACGUGGUUUAUUCCCUGCGACAGUUUGGCUUCACAGAGGAGAACGUAGAUGAGAUUAAAGAAACUUUGGUGGGCUCCAACCUCUACCUGUUAGUGUUGACCGCACUCAUCACAGCUCUACAACUCAUCUGUGAAUUCUUGGCUCUUAAGAAUGACAUCAGCUCAUGGAGAAAAAAGAAGAGCAUGGCGGGAAUGUCCAGGAAGUCAGUCCUGUGGCGUAGUCUCAGCACUUUGCUGAUUUUCCUCCAUCUGCUAGAGGAGACCAGUCUACUGGUGCUGCUUCCUGUCGGACUGGGAGCAUGCGUAGAGGUGUGGAAGGUGUUUACAGUGUUUAAGUUCCAGUUUCAAUGGAAAAGCUCCAAGCUCCAUGUAAAUAAGCUGGAUGAAGAAGAAAGGAAGACAGUGGAGUAUGACAAACAGGCGUCCAGAUACUUGUCCUACUUGGUCUAUCCUCUGUGUAUCAGUGGAGCUAUUUUCUCACUGGCCUACUUACGCCAAAAGAGUUACUAUUCCUGGUUGGUCAACAGCCUGGUGACUGGAGUGUAUGCCUUUGGCUUCCUGUCUAUGGCCCCACAGCUCUUCAUCAACCACAAGUUGAGGUCUGUGAGCCACCUGCAGGGGACAGUGUUGAUGUACAGAGGAGUGAACACGCUGAUCUCAGACCUGUGCUCCUGUGCCUCCUUUUUCUCCUUUUCUGCAUCCUUCUCCUCCUCUCAUCAACUUUCCUGCUUCCGAGACGAGCUCCUCUUCUUCCUCUACCUCUACCAGCGAAGGCGUUACGCCCACAAGACCAGGAGGCGAGAGUCUGGGACUCACAGCAAGAAACUAAAGACUCAAUGAGGACAAAGACCAUUUCCUCUCCUUCCCUUUUU